AUGGAAGACCACAAGGACAUUGCACGGGGCUACGUAAAGGGAGACAAAACGAAAGUAGACGCUCUGUGGAAGGAGUUAGUCGUCGAACUGAACGAGCAUGGUCCUCCCCAAAAGGAUGUUUCUGGCUGGAAAAAAGUUUGGAUGGAUUGGAAGGCGUUCAUCAGGAAAAAAGUAGCGCACAAUAACUCGGAAGCCAGAGCAACUGGUGGAGGACCAUUCAACAAGCAUGUCCUUACACCAACAGAAGAUGCUAUAGCCCAAAUGUGCGGAAUUUACACUGUGGUGGAGGGCAUUUCAGGCACACAAGUCUUUGGUGUGUCUUCUGAAAGAAACCAGGAGGCAACCUCCGAAAGCUCCGACGAAGAUGCUGUCCCAUCCACAAGCCGUGCAGCUAUAGCAGCGCGAUCCCGUCGACGGGAACCUAUGGUGACUGAUGCUCUAAAGUCGAACAUUAGCGAGCAAACAAAUGCAAUGAAUUCCUUAGCAGAAGGACUUACAGAAAAUGUGGAGGCCACAAAGAAUGUAAGUAGUGGCAUUAGCAGCCUUUUUGAAGCCGUUAAACAAAUGACAGCUGCGUUAGUGGAAGGGAAUGUUGAAAACAAGCGUCACCAUGCUCAAAUGGAAAGACUACGCCAAGAAGAAAACAAGCUAAAACUUAAGGAAAUUGAAAUAGAAGAACUUAAGAUGUAUUUAAAAAACCAUUCUAAACGAAGUAGCUAA